UGUAUUAUAACACUGACGACGAUAAUAUCAUACAAUUAUAACAGCCGGCCAGACCUUUACGACCGUUCGGAAAACCGAGAUCCGUCUCGUCCGUCUUCGCCCGCGAAUACAUUAUAAUCAUAUAAUUUGAACGUUAUAGUAAAACCUUUAUUGAUCAAUUGAUCACAAGUCGUGUGUGUAGUAUAGUGCCCGUCAUAUUAUACAUAUAAUAUUAUAUACAGUGCAUGUGCGCUCGUCUUACGGUGGUAAACGUACCAAUCUACAAGUUAUAAUAAUAACAUUAUUAUAUCGUACGCUGCCACGGAAUGUCGGCGAAUCCCAUCCGAGGAAUCCGGCGGAAAAAAUCGUCGCUCACCGAAGUGAAGAUAGCGGUUUUGGGGGCUCCCGGCGUCGGCAAAAGCGCAUUGACCGUGCGGUUUUUAACAAAGAGAUAUAUUGGCGAAUAUGACCACCAAGCUGAAACGAGGUACAAGCAUGAAGUGAUGGUGGACAGCGAACCGAUUCUUUUCGAGAUACUAGACACCUGUCCAAAAAACGACGAAGAGUUACCUUUGAACGACGUUUACAAUUGGGCGGACGCCCUUGUGCUGGUGUUUGCUAUAACAGAUAGACGUUCGUUUAAUUACGUGCGCCGCGUAAAACAAACUAUGUUGGACACUUUCGAAAUGCCCGUGGCGCUGGUGGCCAACAAGGCAGAUAUGGUUCAUCUCAGACAAGUCAGCACGGAAGAAGGUGAAAUAUUGGCGAAAGAUUUCGAAUGUUGUUUCACUGAAGUGGCGGCCGCCGAACAAGUGGGACAGAUCGCCGAGGUGUUCCUUGAAGUUUGCAGAGAAGUGUUGGGUGUCCGGCGGAAGAACAAGCAAUCUUUGCUUGACCGGAUGUUGGGCGGAAAGACGGCUGUUGUAAAGGCGUACGCCCGUGGUAAAAGCGACAGCGCUUUGCCAAAAGAAUAACACAUUUGACAGAGCUAUCACAAUCUUCCGGAUAUAGAGUUACAACUACGUGGUAUAUAAUAUAUAGUAUAAACAUUAUACACAUAUCUAAGUACAUGACACAUAAUAAUAUAUACAAGGUAAUUUUUUUAUCCGCAGACAAUAUCUCGGUAAAUAGGUUAAAGGAGUUUUCAAAAGUUUGUGGACAUACUGUUUUACAUUUUCUAUGAAUUCAGUAUUUUUGUUCUCGAAACUGGAAAAAAAAUAUAAUUCCUUACAUAAUAUUAUUAGGAAUUGGAUUAACCAAAUAUAUUUUAUUGUCUGGUUCAUGAUAAAAGAAUUACCCUGCACCUGUAUGUAAUAUUAUUAUGAAUACGAUUACGAAAUAUAUUAUGGUCAUAAUGUUUAUAUAUAUUAUAUACCUACAUCGAAUUUGGAUACGAGCAAAAGUGGAUAUCUGCGCCGUCAACUGCAGAAACUGCAACAUAUACCCAUAUAGUACAAGUAUAAUAUGUUAUAAAUUAUAAUAAAAUAGAACUAUAUUACACGCAUACUGCAGCUGAAUGCAGAUUUAUUUAAAACAAAACACUCAUUACAUUUGUUAUGUGUACAUAGUAUAUACCUCAAGUACAUUUUUGUAGUAAAUGUUUUAUUUUUUAUAAUUUAGCGUACUUACAGCACAUUAUUUUUUCAAAAAGACAUUUAUUUAUAAUUUAUUAUUUUAAUAUCUGAACGUGACAAUAAAUUGUCUUUUAUUAUAUAACUUGAAAAUGUAAUACAUGGUUUAAUAGCAUAUAUAUUAUGCUAUAUUCACAAUUAUUUAAUAAAUCG